ACACCACCGGAAUACAGUUGCGAUCUAGCCGGCUCCAGCGACGGAGCUUACAUGGAAGAACGUGCCGUGGCGUGCCGUGCGCACAGUUGUUGUUAGUGAUUAGGAUAGCGCAAGACCACACGAAUAGGCACAAAACAGCGGCCCAACAGACGUAAUCCCCGGUAAGGCAGAAACGCAAUCGAUUCUGGCGCCGGCAACUCCGCCAAUCCCUCAGAAGUGACGCGGGCAGCAGAGGUCGGUUGUGAGUGUUUAUAUACGGACGGUACGCAGCAACACGUACGAUACGCAAAGAAGAAGGCUCUUAGUCAACAGACCCGGUGCGUCCCGGGGCUUCGCGCAAAACUGAUUUCGGGCGUUUGGUGGUGUGGCCUUGGCGCAUCGAUUGAUUACGCGAUUUGUUGUGUGCCGGGAUUAGAGGGUGCGUGUGUUACGUGAUUAGAUUUGUUAGUUGCCGCUCCAGGCCAUAUCCGGUGGGCACAGGAGGUACGGCGGGAUACGUGCUCAGUGUUCUUCCGAGUUUCGGUCACUGGCUUCACGUGGCCGCAGAUCGAUAGUGUGUGUGUGUCUGGCCGGACGAAUGUAAACAGAGAGAGAGCACUAGUGACGAUUGUGUUUUUCUUAUCGCGAUGCGUCCCUGGUCGAACGUGGGCAACGUUCGGGGUUGAUGAUUUCGCGGUUCGCGAUUGUGAUAAAAGCAACAAACGGCACGGUGCACAAGCUCCAUUAGCAGUACCCUUCACCGGAGAGUGGGAAAACACGGAACCAAUAACAGAGGCGGAAACCCAUCUCUGGAUGGGUUCUGUUGCAAUAAAGUUGCCCUUAUUGGAGCCGGGAAUCCCACCUUGCCAUCCAGAGCAAGCCCCAGCAGAAGCAUGCAGUGCAUAGGCCUGUGUGUGUGAGUGCGUGUGUGUGUGUUUAGUGCGAAUGAAUUAUGCAGACCCGUGAUGAAACGUCUCCGCAAGGGUUGUGUCUGUCCCUGUGGGUAGCAGCAGCAUGCAUGGACGCAUGGUAGAGAUUCUAAGCGAAGAAACAAGAUCAUGCGCAUCGGGUCGAUCGGUGCGUUUGAGCGGUAGAUAGAUCGCCGAUCAGAUGGAAUGUACAUGGUGCAAAUUAGUCUAAAUUGAAGUGCCUACAGCAGACGACGUGGUCGGCAGUUUGUUGGCUUAGCGUUCGCGUCUCUUAAGGGAAGAGCUUCCCUGCUACAAAGUGAGCAGUCAGUGAAGCAAAAACGAGUGCUAAUUCGUCAGUUCUCGCCUGCCUGCCUGCCGAACGAACGAGAUGCGAACGAGAUGAAGAUCGCGCGCAAAACACCGAUCGCCUUUCUGCUGGUCGUUGCGUUCGGCGUCCUGUUCUUCUGCUGCAACAACCUGUACCUGUUCCACAUGGCGAAGGUGCGCCGCAAGGUGGAUCAGGACCCAUCGGGCGAGCAGAAUCUCACCGUCGGACUGGAGGUGGUGCGCAGGCUCUGGCAGGCCAGGGCCGUAGCCCAGUCUGGAGGCGUUGGUCCAGCAUUCGUGACUACCGAGGCGCCAUUCGAGCAGCAUCACUUUAACCGGACGGUUAGCGAUCGUCUCGGUGUCGAUCGACCCAUUCCCGAUACGCGCCAUCCCAACUGCCAACAGCGCACCUUCCUCACGACGCCAGGGCGUACCACAUCUGUGAUAAUAACGUUCCAUAAUGAAGCCGCUUCCACGCUGCUGCGCACGAUCGCCAGCAUUCUGCAGCGCACUCCGCACGAUAUGCUGCACGAAAUAAUCCUAAUCGAUGACUGCAGUAACGACCACAAAGACGACAGCCGGGUGCGUCCGGCGAAAAGCGAGGAGACACCUCAAGACGAUUGGUAUUACGAAUCCUUCUCCCAAAUCCCACACGUACGAUACUACAGGAACUCCGUGCGACAAGGACUGAUACGCUCCAGAAACAUUGGUGCGACGUACGCGACGGGGAGCUACAUUCUGUUCCUCGAUAGUCAUUGCGAGGUGAAUCGAGGCUGGCUGGAACCGUUGCACGAUCGGCUUGCGAUCGACUCCACCGCCAUCCUCAGUCCGGUGAUAGACAUAAUCGAUCCGCGUACGUUCGAGUAUCGGGCAAACAGUGCCCGGUUACGGGGUGGUUUCGAUUGGAGCCUCCACUUUCGGUGGUUACCGAUCGCCGACGAAGAGUUCGAACACCGGCGUCACGAUGAGUCGCUACCGUUCUAUAGUCCCGCCAUCUCCGGUGGCAUAUUUAUUAUGGCGAAAAAUCUGUUCGAGCAGCUGGGCGGGUUUGAUCCGGGCAUGGACAUUUGGGGAGGUGAAUCGCUCGAAAUGUCACUGAAGGCCUGGAUGUGUGGAGCACACGUUGAGGUGGUGCCAUGUUCCCGUGUUGGGCACGUCUUUCGGCGGAAGCAUCCGUUUAGCUUUCUUCCCGACAGUAGCCAUCUGACAUAUCUGCGCAACACCAAACGCGUGGCCCUCGUUUGGAUGGACGAGUUCAAGAACUUCUUCUACGAUGCCCGCCCGGAAGCGGUAUCCAUCGACGCGGGUUCCGUUCGGCAGCAGCAGGAUCUGCGCCGUUCGCUAAGCUGUCGCAAGUUUAGCUGGUACCUGCAGAACGUGUUUCUCGACCUGAAGCUCCCGAACGAAAACAAUGUCGCGUUCGGGCAGCUGCGACACGGCGAACGAUGUAUCGCCCUCAAACCAAAGAGAUCGCUAGCACCGGCCCGAACGCGCAAGCGACUGUCCGAGAACGACGUAACGCUGGUAGAGUGUGCGACGCGUGAUAAUGAUGGCAGCGAAGGACAGCUACAGUGGGCACUGCAUAAAACCAAUGGACAGCUUAGCACGAACCGUACCGCGUGUCUUACGGUGCGUAAUGGGUACGUCUUGGCGGAACGAUGCCGGCAGAAGAGUGGCAGCGGUCAGGCACGAACCGAUGAGAAGGAUGGACAACGGUGGCAGCGACUGGGCGGCACACUGAUACACCAGGCGAGCGGGAUGUGUUUGGAAAAUCUCGUCCGGGAAGAUGUGGGAGCGUCCGACUGUCGCCGCGGUGCACCGUCCCAGCUGUGGAGUUUCUCCGUAGAAGUGCAACAGCUCACGCGCAGAUGAAUUCUGUUCGCUUUGGAACCAAAAAUGUGUACAUAAACCUCGUUACAAACUUA